CUAUCUGCUGAAGGAGGGCACGGACACCUCUCAGGGUGUCCCACAGCUUGUCAGUAAUAUCACGGCCUGCCAGGUCAUUGCCGAGGCUGUCCGCACCACCCUCGGCCCCCGGGGCAUGGACAAGCUCAUCGUCGACGACAGAGGCAAAGCGACCAUCUCCAAUGACGGCGCCACCAUCCUGAAGCUCCUAGAUGUGAUACACCCCGCUGCAAAGACGCUGGUGGACAUUGCCAAGUCGCAGGAUGCAGAGGUUGGUGACGGGACCACCUCGGUCACCCUCCUGGCCGCCGAAUUCCUCAAGCAAGUGAAGUCCUAUGUGGAGGAAGGCCUGCACCCCCAGAUCAUCAUCCGGGCCUUCCGCACCGCCACGCAGUUGGCGGUCGAUAAGCUCAAGACGAUUGCGGUCACCGUCAAGAAGUCGGACCAAGAGGAGUUCCGAAACCUGCUGGAGAACUGCGCCUCCACCGCCCUGAGCUCCAAGAUGAUUGCCCAGCACAAGGACUUCUUUGCCCGGAUGGUGGUGGACGCCGUCAUGAUGCUGGAUGAGCUCCUGCAGAUCAAAAUGAUCGGGAUCAAGAAAGUGCAAGGAGGGGCCCUGGAAGACUCCCAGCUGGUGGCAGGGGUCGCUUUCAAGAAGACUUUCUCCUACGCCGGCUUUGAGAUGCAGCCCAAGAAGUACGAGUCACCCAAGAUCGCUUUGCUCAACAUUGAACUGGAACUCAAGGCCGAGAAGGACAACGCCGAAAUCCGGGUCAACACUGUGGCGGAUUACCAGGCCAUCGUGGACGCCGAGUGGAACAUCCUGUACGACAAGCUCGAGAAGCUGUACGAGUCGGGGGCCAAAGUGGUGCUGUCUAAGCUUCCCAUUGGCGACGUGGCCACCCAGUACUUCGCCGACAGGGACAUGUUCUGCGCUGGCCGGGUCCCCGAGGAAGACCUCAAGAGGACCAUGAUGGCCUGUGGCGGUUCCAUUCAGACCAGCGCCGGUGCCCUCACGCCUGACGUCCUGGGCCAUUGUGCACUCUUUGAGGAGGUGCAGGUUGGAGGGGAGAGGUAUAACUUCUUCACGGGCUGCCCCAAGGCCAAGACCUGCACGAUAAUCCUGCGGGGCGGGGCGGAGCAGUUCAUGGAGGAGACGGAGCGCUCCCUCCACGAUGCCAUAAUGAUCGUCAGAAGAGCCAUCAAGAACGACUCUGUCGUUGCCGGCGGGGGAGCCAUCGAGAUGGAGCUCUCCAAGUACCUCCGCGACUAUUCCAGGACCAUCCCGGGCAAGCAGCAGCUGCUGAUCGGCGCCUACGCCAAGGCGCUGGAGAUCAUCCCCCGUCAGCUCUGCGACAACGCUGGCUUCGACGCCACCAACAUCCUCAACAAGCUGCGGGCCAAGCACGCACAG